AUAUCUCUUGAUAGUGUGAUAGUCUUUUUUUAAUCAUUAUUGUUACUAACUUGGGAAGAUCUUUAUUGACUGGUAGUCACACUUGGCACAAGACCAACACUUAACAAAACAUCGUGUAAUUCAAUGUUUGAUAAGCUCCAGGUUGUGGAUCUCCGUACUGCCGAGGCUGUUCCUGAUAUCACCACCUGAUUACCUUUCUACUGCUCCUGUUUACAUCAUUGAUACCCUCUACUACUGCUGCUCCGGUGCCACUAAUAAUCACAACGUUCUUAAGGAACCUUUGAGUUAAGGAGUUUUUGAGUCAUAUCAAGAUUUUUUCCUGACAAUUAAGCUAAUAACAGCCAGAGAGAAGACCUCACCAGAGCAAUACCGUCGUUACCUUUACCACAGUUGUUCCUGUUAUUGCCUCGACUCCAAAGGCACACCAUCGUUGCCUCUACCACUAAUGUUCCUGCUGCUGCCUCGACACCAGGAGGACCUCACCAGAGCCACACCAUAGUUAUCUCUACCACUGUUGCUCCUGCUGCUGCCUCACCAGAGCCACACCAUCGUUACCCUUACCACUGUUGCUCCUGGUGCUGCAUCGACACCAGAGAGAGAGAGAGAUUUCUGCAAGAACUUCGGGAUGUGGUCAGAGGAGGAGGAACAAACAACCCAACAGCUGGUGUUCGAACAAUUCACUGUUCUCCCGGGAUGAGUGACAAAUUGAGAUACCUCGCCAUAAUUCUGCUGGUUCUGCUGUUUGUGGUCUCAGCAAUGGGGGGAAGCAACAGUCGGUAUAGAUUCUUCGCCUCAGCGUCCACCUCCGGCGUGUGCCUCUCCUUCAGACACAGCAAGAACAUCACUGACUGCUGCAACGGUGACGACCAUCUUCAAAGAUUCUACGUAACGAAGACAGGACGCUCGACGGGUGUCUUCCACUCCAUGAACCUCAAUAAGAUUCUCUGCUACGAUGAUAACAAAGGCAGAUUCAAACUUGUCAAGAGGAAAUACUUGAGGGUAGACCAAUGCAGACACAUGCGCAGCAAGCGACGUCACCGCAGAGAGGCCAGAAGGCCCUCGAAGAAGCCUCCCGUCUGUCCCUUCAGCAACAGGGACAAGGAGAUCUUGCAGAACCCAAAGGGGAACCUCCGCUGCGUCCUUCACGAGACACAGGGAGGCUCCGGCUACACUUACAUCUCCGUCGAGAAUAAUGCCAAGUACCUGGGCGUGAGGGCAGGGCGAGUGCAGAAACUCCUCAGCAAAAGGAAUUCGAGAAGAGAGCCUAGGGAGAAAAACAGACAAUUCAUGGUAAUGAGCCAAGGGGACAUGUUCAAAAUCAGUAAUGCGCUGUGUGAGCGCUGAGACGCUGGCGCCUGGGACACUGUUUACAUGAAGGUUUUAAAAAAAAAUAAGAAAACACACAUGAGACCUUACACGGUGUGGCCUGUUGGGAUUAGAUUCCGCUCCAGAACAUCGUGAACCACCGGGCGUGGAACUGAGUGCCCUGUUGGUGUCCUGUCUCUGGAAGACGUGCAGCUGUGUGUGUUUUGGGUGACGUGUGUGUUCACUCAAUCGAGUCGCGAGUGCUCGCUUAGUCUACCUGUGUGCGCCCUUUUACCCGAGCUUCUCUAUUCACAUUGAGUGCUUCGGUUCUGCCGUUCAGUGUGUGUGUGUGUGUGUGUAUGUAUGUAUGUGUGUGUGUGUGUGUGUGUGUGUGUGUGUGUGUGUGUGUGUGUGUUUUCGUUGUGGGUCACCAGGUUUAGGACCGCCAUCACUCUCCUGCCUUCAAGAGUGCUACUUCUGGCUCACUCGCCCUUCCUCAGCUUUCAGAAGUAUAAAGCCUCAUUCCUUCCUGUGGGAAGUGAAGCCUCUCCCGGUAGGCUUACUGGAUCAUCACUUAUUAGCUCCGACGGAAGGUUAUCCUGUCGUGAAUACCUGAAGGAAGAAGCUGUGACCUGGAUGGAAAGGCUGAAGACCCUGAAGAAUCUACAGUCCCUAGUUGAAACAUUACUAAUAGCCGGCGGGAAGCAGAGAUGUAUUGUGUGAUGAACCAUUGGUGUUACUAUCUUAUAAGAUGAACUGCUGGUGAUUUUAGGUGAAGCACUAUUGACCUCAGUUGAGGCACUGAUGCCUUAUGUGAAGCACAUAUGCCCUGAGCCUCGUGGUCAACCUCAGUAAAAGAUCUGAAGCUGGUCUAUAUAUUGUAUAAACCCCCAUAUACUAGUCCUUAAAUUUUUAGACUUACAAUAGGCUAGUGAAGUGUAUUGUAAAUAUCGUUCUAUCAGAUUUUACGAUUUGUAAAAAAAAAAAAAAAGAGUCAAUUUUUAAAACUUGCGUAAAUGUAAUACAUUUUACUAAUGAUUUAUUUUUUACGAAUCUUGUUUUUACGUGAAAAUGAUACAGAGUAAAUGCCAAAGCCUUUAGGUGUAGUCAAGCCUUUUACAGAAGUGAUGACAGGUACAGACACUUCAUAGUCUUUUCCUAACACAUCAACAAUCCCCCCCCCCACUCCGCCAUCCAUUACAGUAAAUAAGUGUACACGGGUUCUCAUGCACCGUCACAUACAGAUGUAUGAGGCGGAGUAGGAAGGUCUGGGGGCGGAUACCCUAUCAUCCCCUUAACUACGAAAUUAAAGCUUUACAGAGAAAAUUCUUUUUCAGUCUAGUUAGUUACUCAUGCUGUAAGUUUUAUGUUGUUUAAUGAUAAUUUUGAAAUCAGGCGCUAGGAAAAUAUCAAGUGGAAAAUUGUUCCGCUUCCCUUUAGAAAACUGCGAACACGUAUACACACACACACACACACACACACACACACACACACACACACACACACACACACACACACACACACACACAAACAAACAAAGGGGUCAGGGUGCAAUAGUUUGAAACUAUGAACAAAAACCCGACGAUUUACAUCUUAGGAAACCAAUCAGGUAAACCAGAUGGUCCUUUCCUACCUGGGCAAGAUUUUUGCCCCUCUUUUCUGCCACUUUUACGAAGGCUUUUCCUCCCAUACCUAUUUUACCCCCAUUACCACUCUAUCCUCUUCCCUUCCCACCUCGUUCUGUAUCCUGGAGAGACAGUAGCGCUGGCUCUGAUGGUUCCCUCUCUAGGAAUUAUAUUCUUUAAUUGAUGGCUUAAUGUUUAUCCUUAUGGAUGGGUCGGUGUUAAUGUCUGGAAGCGGCCAUGUCUGCUGCCGUCUGUCUCACCUGUCACUUAAUGUCUCACCUGUCACUCAAUGUCUCACCUGUCAUUCAGUGUUUCACCUGUCACUCUUCGUUAGUUCAUCUCUCCCUCUCCCAGGCGUAUCUCUAUGGCCUCCAUUUCCCCAAUUUUACCCUGCCUCCCCAUACUUUUCCCCCUCCCCAUUUCCCUCACCAUCCCGCUACUCAUUAUCUAAAUGAAAUAAUAUUGGUAGAAUUAUCGGCAAAAAGGGAAAAACGACACAAGUGCAACUAAUGUGCCGUUACGGCUUGACAAAGCUCCUGGAGAGCGAAACGUUGCCACAAUAAAAUGUCACAUUAGUUGCACUUGUGUUCUUUUGCCUAACAUUAACUCCAUCUAUGCCAUACCCCUUCCUAGAGAACAUACACGGCAUGACGUGUAUGUUCUUAGUAUAUACACACUAAGAACAGGUAACGUGGAGCCAUAAUAAGGCUCGUAUAGUCGAUAGACUUGAAACCCCAAUAACCAAGCACCCAAAUCCUUCACUUCCUGCACCCCUUCCUUCCACCCACGCAGAAGUACCCCAUCUCUUCCCACCAUAGUUAACCAUACAACACACUAGCUACUGGUUCUUACAACCAUCUGCCUGGUUGUUAAGGGCUACCUUAACACAUUCCAUUCCUGAUGUUAGGGUAACCCUCCCUCCCAGAUUUGAAAAUUUGUAUAUAAAUAGGCCUAGUGCCGCUUUUAUAAUGUUUUUCAAGGGUAUUAGUAAACUUACAUUCCAAGAACUCAUGAGUUCCGUCUGCAUACACACUGUCAGGGAAUGUGUCUAUCUUAGCGGACGGAGGAUCGAGCCUCUACCACUCCUUGGUCAGAAUAACCCAUGUUUCAUUAUUUUUCACACAUUAUGGUACUCUAAAUAGCUAUAAUUAUGAAACUAACUUGACAGCCUCACGGUGUUUACGAACGCGAGAUUAAAUUUCACACAAGUAAAUGUGGCAGACUUAAAUGCCAACACAAAGUUUGUUUUCUACACCUAAAAUUGGCUCUUUUUUUUUUUAAUUUCAUAUAUACAUUUAUAUAAUUUGAUCAACACCACAGGAGAAAUCACCAUGCGUGCCAUAUUUUGUUCAUAUGUAUAAAUUAUGAGUAUAAACUAAAUUUUCAAGUAAUUCAGCUGAUUUUUGAGUUCUGAAAUGAAAAUUCUAAAUAUGAUAAUUUU